AUGGAACGCCACGCUAGCUUCGCUGUCCCGAGAGUCUGCAUCGAUAUCCCCGACCAGCUGCAGCUGCCGGCGACGCCGUUCGAGCCGCAGAAGGCUAUGAUGACACCUCGUGUCCGCUCCGGCGCCGAUGACCCCGACGUGGUACCGCCGGAGCACCAGCUCACGGUGCUGGCCAUGCAGCUCGCGGUCCUGGAGAAGGCCGUGAGCCGCCUCGGCACGCUGGCCUUCAUCUGGGCGACGGUCGUCCUGCUCGGCGGCUUCGCCAUCACGCUCAGCUGCACCGACUUCUGGUGCAUCACCUUGUUGCUGCUCACCGAGGGCGCCCGCAUCCAGGGCCGCAGCCACGAGGUGGUGUGGCAGCAGAGGGCGACGUGCCUCCUGACCAUAUCGCUGGCCGUCGGACACGUCCUCUUCCAACUGCAGCUGCUCUCCGCAUCCGUGUGCGCCACCGUCUCACUCGUCCGCCUCGUCACCCAGCGCUACGGCGUCGACGCCGCUAACCCGUGGACCAACCGCCGCGCCGCGCUCGACAUAUUCUACGGGCUGGCCCUCGUGGAGUCGCUGCUCUUCCUGGUGGAGAAGGCGCUGUGGCAGUGGAGGGUGGGGCACCACCGCCUCCUCGAGCGCGUCGCCAAGGAGUGCCACCUCGCCGGUACCGAGCGCGGCAUCCUCGCCAUCCGCCGCUUCUUCUACGACUCCUACUCCCGGGGCCUCAAGGGGAGCAUCUUCGACGGUCUCCACAUGAACCUCGUCUCCUACGCCGACGACAUGCUCACCGCGGGCUCCCACGACGAGCAGAGCCUCGGAGCCAGCAUCCUCGCCGCGCUCGCUGAGUCCGACCGUUUUGCCGACUCCACGCUCCGCAAGAUCGGCAUGAUGUCUGCCUCCACCAUCGAGAGGCUCAUCCACAUGCUCAGCUGGAAGAACACGUCCGAGAUAGGCGUGCGCAGAUCGGCUGCCGUCGUUGUCUCCAUGCUCACCGGGAGGAAGAUCAUCGCUGUCCGUCUUACCGGCAUCCCCGAGGCGACCGAGUGUGUCGCGUCUCUGCUGUACGCAGACCUCGAAGAGCUCAACCUUCUCGGCCUCACCAUCCUCAGCAAGCUAGCGAAUGACCACGACAACUGCGACAAGAUCGGCAAGACCAGGAGUCUCCUUGACAAGAUCAUCUCCUACUGUAGCAUUGCCGGCGGGGGGCAGGCGGCACCGACCGGCAUGCGGCUCAAGGCAGUCAAGAAGGCGCUCCUCGUCGUGAAGAGGCUGGCGGGUACGACGGGGGCCACCGGGAAACUUCUCCGGCGGGAGCUCUCCGACAUCGUCUUCACGGUGAGCAACGUCAGGGAGGUGCUGCAACAGCGCGAGGGGGAGAUCCAGUCCGAGCUACACCAGCUCGCAAUAGAGAUACUGACGAGCCUCGCUAUCGAUAAGGAGGCGAGGGAGAAGAUAGGCGGGACUGGGGGCGUGGUGAGAGAGCUGGUCGCCAUAUUUCUGCCUGGAAAGGACGAGGUGAGGGGGAACGGCCGGCAGUCGAACGCGAUCCGGAACGAGGCCGGCAAGGCGCUGGCGAUGCUUGCGCUGGAGAGCAGGGGCAACUGCGGCGCCAUCAUAAUGGCUUGCGGCGGUGGCGUGGAGCGGCUGGUGGAGGCGCUAAGUGACCCCAUCAUCAUCAUCGGCGCCGCCAGGAUCCUGCGCAACCUCUGCACCUACGUCGGGGACGAGUGUCAACAUCCCCUCAGAGGAGUCGCCGCCAGCGCCACCAAGGUGUUGAGUACCAUCAUGGUAGAGAAGACGAAGAUCCUGAACAUCUUUCUAGGCCUCGCUGCACAGAUGCUUCGGUUCAUGGAGCCUGGAGACCUCCGGGCAAGCCUGGCCACAGCGAGGGUGACAGAAACAGCGCUGGCGCGAACUCUCUUGCAAAUCCUGCGGGAGUAUAGCGUUCCGUGCAUGGCCGUGCCUCGGAUCCGCCGAUACACCAUUGAACUUGUUGUUGCCAUGAUGCGAUUGGACACACGAUACAUGGCCCUGUUCGUGGAAAGUGGGAUGGAAGGGGACCUAAAGCGCAUUGCUGACACCACACCAGAGAUUGAGUGUUUCAAUGCGUUCUCUGGGAGCGUCGGGCACAGCCGUCGCACCGUUAGUGUUUGCUCGCUCAUCAAGUCAGCAAUGGAGUUAAUGAAGCAGCCUUGA